AUGGUUGCGCUUCCAGUGGCACCAGUUGUAGUAGUGCCUAUGCUUCCGGUGGCACUACUUGUAGCAGUGGUUGUGCUUUCAGAUGUAUCUGUGGCAAUGGUUGUGCUUCCAGUGACACCAUUUGUAGUGGUGAUAAUGCUUCCAGUGGCACCAUUUGCUGUAGUGAUUACGCUUUCGGUGGCCAUACUAGUAGCAGUGGUUGCGCCUGCAGAUACACUAAUUGGGGUGGUGGUUGUACUUUCAGAUUUACCACUUGUGGAAGUGGUUGUGCUUCCAGGUAUACCACUUGAGGUGGUUGUACUUUCAGAUGUAUCGCUUGUGGUGAUGGUUGUGCUUCCAGUGGCACCACUUGUAGUAGUGAUGGCGCUUCCAGUGGCAAUAGUGGUCGUGCUUCCAGGUUUACCACUUGAGAUAGUGGUUGUGCUUUCAGAUGUAUCACUGGUUGUAAUAGUUGUGCUUCCAGUGAUACCAAUUGUAGCAGUAGCUGUGCUCCGAGUAACAUCACUUGUAGUAUUGAUAAUGCUUCCAGUAACACUAGUUGUAGCAGUGGCCGUGCUUACAGAUACACCAUUUGAGGUAGUAGCUGCGCUUUUAGAUGUAUCACUUGAGGCCAUGGUUGUGCUUCCAAUAACACUUGUAGCAGUGGUCGUGCUUCCAGUGGCAGCACUUGUAGCGGAAACGGUGUUUACAGAUGUACUUAAAGCAAGGCUUGUUGUUUCAGUAGUAACUGUUGUAAUAGCUGCUGUGAGUCCUGUUGUAAUAGCACUAAAUGUGCUUCCACUGAUUAAAGGCGUCGCAGUUGAUGUAUUUACCGUCAUAUCACUUGUAGGUGUCGAUGUGCCUUUAGAAAAUCUAGUCGUAAUUGCUGAUGUAUUUCUUGUUACAUCUGUUAUAAGAGUGGAUGCGCUUUUUGAAGUGCCAAUUGUAGCAGCGGAGGAAUCAGAGGUAUAUGAUGACGUUGUUCUGACAGAAGUCGGUAUGACGGUUGAUGCGACUGCAGGACUUGUGUUAAUCGAGGAACUUGGUGUCUUUAUUUUAGGAGUAAGCGUAGCUGACGAUGGUGCAUUAGUAGUCGAAGGAAGUUUUGAUGGCAACAUUGUACUUGUAGAAACCUGCGAAUCUGUGGUUGUGAUGGCAAUCGUAGGAUAUGUAAGAGGUGCAGUGGUCUUGCUCGAAGAAGCUCCUCCACUGGUAGAUGACAAGGAAGCAGAUGGAGAUACGCCCUUCGAAGUGGAUGCUAAUGUGGUAUGCUGUGGCUGCGUGCCAGUGGUUUUUGUUGUAGGAGAUGACAUCGAGGAAACGGUUCUAGUUGAUAGAGGAAAAGCAGUAGGUUUAUUUGAUGAAUAUAUGGAUGAGGAUAGAAUAGCUUGCGUAGUUCGCAGCUGCACGGUGCUACCGAUUUUUGCACUAGAUUUGGAAACUGGUGCUGUUGUGGAUAUACUCGAUCGCGGUGAAACACUUGAACUUGAAGGACGAAUUUUUGUGGUUGAUGCUGUUGAUGUGUGA